AUGGCAGCGCCAGAGCUCUGGGUGCAGUUUGGAUCUCUGCAAAAGCAGGUAUCGACGGAGGGUUGCCUGGAUGUUGGCCGCUGGCGCAAGAAGGUGCGCGCAGCCUUCGCAGAUGAGGCGCCAGCGCUGGCACGAGCGCCGGUGUCACAGCUGGAGCUGCAGGCCAAAGGCGCAGCGCUGACCAGUGGCCAGAAGUUGGCCAAGCUGCAGGCGGCAGGCUGGGGCCUCAGCCCGGUUGACGCCUUUCAUCUCUCCCUGUCUGGUGGAGCGGCCGAAGGCGGCGCCGCCUUUGGCGGUGGUGCGGCCGCCGAGGCAGCCGCAGAAGCGGAGAGGGCGGCGGCGGAGCGUUGUCCGCCCAAAGGAGGCCGCCACGCGGGGUACUGGUGCGGCCGUUGCAGCGCGCACUGCUCCUCCCCGACCGCCUGGAAGCAGCACUACGAGGGCCGGGGGCAUCAGGAGGGCAAGAGCAACCCCUGGCUCCGGGGCACUGGGCCGCUAGCGGACUUCCCCUGCCGCGCCGGGGGCACGCUGGAGGUGGGAACAAAGCACUCCGACCUCAACGAGGCGCAGAAGGAGCUGCUGAGGCAGUACCUGGCGCUGAGCUUCCGCGAGGAGACGCCGCUGCUGUCGGCCUUCGAGGUGCUGCUGGCGGAGUUCGGGCGGCAUCUACGUGUGAAGGAGGUCUUUGAGACCGUGGAGGUCUGGAAGAAGGCGGUGUCGCACCUCCAGGCCUGCAACGCCUCCCGCGCCCACAGCGGGACAAGCCCGGUGGCCACGCUCUAUGAGGUUGCCAGCGGCCACGGACUGCUUGCCGUGCUGUUGGCCUAUCGCUUCCCGCAGCUGCAGGUCGUUGCGGUGGACAUGGAGAAGAGGGAGGGCUUUGCGCACUUUGUGGAUGUGGUGAAUCGCUUUGGCGAGGCGGUGGGCGAGCACGAGAGCUGCCUAGCCAACCUGUCCUUUGUGGAGUCGAGAUUUGCCGACUUCGACUCGACGGGCCCAGCGGCUUUCAUUUGCGUGCACGGGUGCAAUGAGCUGAACAUGGAGGUUCUGGCCCGUGCGCGGCAGAUGCGCGCGGCCUGGCUGGUGGUGCCCUGCUGCCUGCGCCGGGGCCUCACCGAGCUCUCGGUCCGCUGCGGUGACGGGGCUGGCGCCUGUGGCGACGACACGCGGCAUGCGGUCAUGUGCGGCAUUGUGGCGGCCCAGCACCAUGCCACGGCGGUGUUGGCGCUGGACCGCCGCAUCACCAACAGGCACCUGGUGCUUCAGGGCGACGCGGCGGACGGCGAUGCCUUGUCGUGA